GCAUUGCGGACCUUCAAAUGUUUGAGACACGGUAGGAUUUCGCUAAUGCUCACGAUAUCUUCGGUUGUUCUGUUCUUAUUUCCAUUGAUAGUUAUCGCACGUUGCUCUUCAAUAAUCGAGUUCUGUUUUGUAAUAAUAUUCCGUUUACAUUAACUUGCUUUGCACCAUGCAUGAACUUUAAAAUUGAUUGAUCACUCGAUGGUUACCAAUGUCAUGUGUCAGGUCCUUCUUAGGAUAUAUCGACUUCUAUCGGUCAAGUUGCAAUGUCGCAAGUAGUCUAGAUGACUCGAUAUCGCGUGCACAAUAUUGAGAUAUGUGGUGGUUGAUUGAAUAUAUUCGAUCGUGAUCUGAAAUACAUGACAUCGGUCACUACUCAGUGAUCAAACAAUUGCAAGCACAUCUCAGUCCUAUAGGAGGCCAACUGUAACCCGGAUAGUUCUCUCUUUCUGAAAGUUGUUCCUUUAGCUUGCUGUACAUUUGAUUUCGUUGCACCAGAAAGGAUCGUGUGUAGUUUUGCUAUUAUCCCUUAACAAUCUACUGAAUUUUACACGUUCAUUGUGUUAGUGCGAUUUUUUAUUGUGUAGUAAAUCAUUGUGUGACCUUUUUAUUACGAUGAUAGGCUUUACUCGUGGAUGUGAGCAGGUUUAUUGUCGACUCAAAUUUCGUAGUGGUAGAGGUAGUAAGAGUAUAAGCAGUAAUCGGAAAGAUUAGGGUUUGAAGAUGUUAUUCAAGGAGUAUAAUGCAGUGAAACAAAUUUGGAAAGAAAAUUAGGGACAUGAAGAAUUCAGAGGAUUAGAAUUUGGGAGAGCACAAAAAGUGGAUGCACUUGCGCCAUUGCAAACGAUUUUGAACCAUGUCAUUUAGGGUCUCUGACCAUCGCACUGUAACAACAUAGAGACAGAAUUAUUGAUAUAAACACUAAAAUAGUAGUACCGAGAAAAAAACGUAUAUGAUGACUUGAAACUCUAGAUCUAGUAGACAAAUAUUGAAUAGAUUUGUUACCGGUUUAAUACACGUCACCCAACUUCUCUAACCAUUAGUCAGGAUAAUCGGUUGGACUACAACCGGGUAGUUUGCACCCACCGAUAUGGCUUAGAUUAACAGUCAGUAAUUUUCACCAAUGCAGUAUCUUGCUUUGGGUACACCUAGCUUUCUUCCAAAAUUGCUUCGUGUUUAACCUCACUGAUCCUCUAUCACAACACAGAUCGAUGUAGUUCAGUUUCAAAUUGUGUUUCUGGUGUUAUCUUAACACUAGCAAACAUAGCUGUUAAUGCACCAAGUUCCUCAAGUAAGUGUGCAGAAAUCUAUUCGUAAUCAUCUAACGGAAAAAGUUAGUUUGUAGUAAAUAAAGGCUUGUGGACGUAACAUUAGAGAUUUGUAAAUCUUUUUAAAGUUCUAGAAAGCCAUUAGCUCCAAGCAGCUAUUGAUUUUUGGGUUUUAAACAGGGAAAUGGUUAAUUUGUGUGGUAUUAGACGCAAGACUCUUGUAGUCAUGAGGUUGUUUUUUGGGUUUCAGCCACUAGUUUACAUAUUUAAAUGCUACCUACCAAGGUUGAUCAUUUAUCCUCAUACAAAAAGUAUGACUUACAAUGUAGUAGGUAAAACUUUUUGGUUAUUAGUCUGUAUUCAUUUUUAUAUUAGUGGUUCCUAUCGAUAAUGGCUAUGAUAAUCAGUAAAAGUAGAUUAAGGUUGAGUGAAAUGUAAAAGCUUUUGUCAACUGUUUUAACCUAAUGUUUUGUGAAUCUCAAAAACAGGUUUUUGAGGUUGCAGUAUACUUGUCUCUGUAAUCUUUUUUGUAUUUUCUACAGAUCACACGCCUCACUAGAAGUUAAUACCAUCUUAUUACUUUAUUUAUUUUGUCCUGAAUCUGUUUGAGUUUAAGACCCUAUUUUCGAACUUCACAUUUGGUUGUGAUGGAUUACGAAGCAAAUGAAGAAAACGAUUAUGACAGUGAUUUUAUUGACGAAGAUACAGAGUCACGUCUUUACAGUGCAGUAUUCUUUGAAACGUCAAUUUACACACCUGUAUCACAUGAUCUAGUAUCGGAACGAAUUGAUUCUAAUUUUAAUGGUACAUCAUUUUUACGCAAUUCGGAAUCAUCUAAAAAUCCUGUUUUCAUGCAUGUUGAAUGUGUAAAUAAGGAAGUAUCUGAUGCGUUGACAACCUCACUUCAAGUUCAACGGGACUGUUUCGAAGAUGAAUGUGAAAAGGAUACCUCGUCAUCAAGUUCUGGUUGUAGUGUUUUAUUGCAUUGUGGAAAUGAAUCUUCUGAGACUGAGAUCAGUACUCAAGGCGUUAUUCUUGGCGUUUCCCAUGAUACGUUGCUGCAUGUUGAGAAUGGGAAUAACUCUUCAUCAGUGCCAUGUCAGACAACAUUUAACGAUAAUCCUAAUUUGUGGAAGAUAUGUAACGCUGAUAGAUACUCAUCACGCUCAACAAGUAUCCGGUAUUUUAACAGUUUGGAUAAUUCACUUUGUUCAGAAUGUGGAAGUAAAAGACAAAAGUCUCACAGAUGUUGUACUUGUUGCAUUUUGUGUGGAGAAGAGGGUCAUGAAAAAGGUGAAUGCGAUAAAAUGUAUUGUUAUGCAUGUUUGGCGCCUGGUCACACAAAGCAUGAAUGCCAUUUGUUGAAAAGUUUGAAAAAAUCAAUCUGCGAACGCUGUGGACAGCAAGGACAUAAUUCAACAUUGUGUACAGAAUUAUGGAGACAAUACCGAAAUACCACAAGUAAAGGCAAACCAAUACGGUUGUUUGACUUUGUGAAAUCAAAAGGCUGUUGUAAUUGUGGACGUAAAGGACAUACUGUUGAUGAUUGUCGUUACCAACCUUUAAAAUCUCAUUUUAUUGGUCCUUUGCCAAGGAGAAGAGUGUUGGUUUAUGAUAAAAAAGAUAUAUAUAAGUCUAUUCGCUUAAAGUUAACCAAAUUACGUGAAAAGAAAACCAAAUGUAAAAAGAUUUUAGAGAAGGUAGAUAAUUGUAAAGUAAUCGAUAAUGAAAAUGAUUACCAAUUGUGUAUACAUCCCAAAUCAUCUAAACAAAGAAAACAAAAAUGUAAAAAAUUAGACAACCGAACUAAUUGUUCGUCUUACAAUAAAUCUUGUAAAUCAAUCAAUCAAAAGAAAUUACAACAGGUCAUGGAACAAGAAUUACCAUAUAAAGCUUCUUCAUCUCCAUAUAUAAGUAAUUUGAAACAAAAGGCCAUAAAACAGCGAAUGGAUUUUGCAAAGUGGGACGUUCUACCGUCACUUGAAAUUGAAAAAACGACGAAGAAAAGGAAAAAAGUUAAUAAUGAAAAUCGAAAGUUAAAGUCCCAAAGCGUUCUAUUAUCUCAUCACGAAUUUUCUUCAUCGUCUUCAUAUAACUUCAAUGAAAUUUCAGACAACUUUUCUAUCACAAAAAGAGCUAGAAAACGACGAAAGUCAAGAUCUUUGGAAGACACUCAUAAAGCAAGUACUUCAUAUUCACCAUUUCAAAAUACACACCAAACUCCAUUAAGGAAAUCUAACAAGAAAUAUUUCUCUCAAUCUGUAACUUCGUGAUGUGAAUUAAGUUGUAUAAAUUAUUUACCUUAUAUUAUAAAUAUGAUAAAUUUGUUUGUUUCUUUAUUAAUCUCUAGCAAACAAGCUAUGGAAUAAUUAUAGGAUAUUUUAAAAG